AUGAUAAAAACCCAGGAGCUGCCCAGAGUCAAAGAGAGCAGGGCCAUCCACCAGAACACAUGUGACUGGGCAUCCGUUACGGUUACUUCUUAUUUAUUAUGUGCAUUUGUAGGCUCGCUGUCGGUUUUGGUAACGUGUGGAAACUGUCUUGUCAUAAUCUCGAUCAUGUACUUCAAACAGCUCCACACUCCCACAAACUACCUCAUCCUCUCUCUGGCUGUGGCUGACCUGCUUGUGGGGAUUAUAGUUUUACCUUUUAGCACAGUACUGUCCGUCACUCUGUGUUGGGAUGUCACAGGUUUGCUUUGCAAGGUCAGAGGCUUCUUUGACAUGCUGCUGUGCACUUCCUCUAUUUUGAACUUGUGCUUCAUUUCCAUUGACAGAUAUUUUGUGGUGUGUCAGCCUCUCACGUACAGAACUAAAAUGAACACCCGUGUGACUGGGAUCAUGAUCCUGGUGAGUUGGGCCGUUCCUGCCGUGCUGAGCAUUGGAAUUGCACUACGUGACCGAAACCGGCAGCAAUCAGCAGCGAGCAACAUGAAAUGUGACAUAUAUCAAAACACCCAGUCCACUCUUGCAGGUGCCAUUUUUGCUUUUUACUUGCCAGCCGUCAUCAUUCUCUCUAUCUAUUUGAAGAUUCUGAUGGUGGCACACAGACAGGCUCGCAGUAUCCAGAUCAUGACAAAGUCUGGAGCGGCUGUAAGUAAAAUGGAGAGAAAGGCCACUAAAACGCUGGCUGUAGUUGUUGGAGUGUUUCUCAUGUCUUGGACUCCGUUUUUUCUCUCUAUCACCUGUCACUCACUGACAAAUUACUCACUACCAGGUCCUGUGCUCGAAACACUGAAGUGGUUUGGAUGGUCCAACUCAAUGCUCAAUCCAUUAGUGUACGGGUUGUUUUACAGCUGGUUCAGAAGAGCCUUUAAGAUGAUUAUUUCUGGAAAGGUUUUUCAAGGAGAUUGUUCUAAUUCAAAGCUGUUCUGA